GCCCCGGCUUUAUCUCCAAUCCUUUCUCCACCGCGCUUCAUUCCCCCACCUGAUGACGCAGCGACCAUCCCUUCGUCCUGGUCAGAUUCCGCCGGCAGAUCUCUCAAGUCUGGUCCUUUUGGAGGGAGAACGCUGCUGUUUAGGCUGAACGCUCCGAGGCUGUGUUCACCGCAGCCUUUGGCUUGCUCACGGCCGUGGCGUCUGACACAUCAGCCUCCAUCAGUCACAACCAAUUGAUCCAUCCACACAAACAGCCACUAAAUGGAGGCGACGGCCAUGAGCAUUUGCAGAUCUUUCAUAGUUUGUGACUUGUAAAUCAUCUCUCUGAUUCGGCCGGCAGAUCUCUCAGCUGGUUUGCUUGUUUUGGAGGGACAACGCUGGUGUUGAGGCUGUGUUCACCGUCUUGGAUUUCAUCGCUACAGCCUUCAUCUUGCUCGCCGCCGUGGCGUCGGCAACACCAGAUCUCUCAAGAUUGAUCAUUUUGGAGGGAGAACACUAGUGUUGAGGCUGAGGGCUCCGAGGCACUCUCUUGGAUUUCACCGCCACAGCCUCCGUCUUGGUCGCUGCCGUGGCCUCGACACACCGGUACACAACCUAUUGACGCACACAAACAAACAUUCAGUAAAUGGAGGCGACGGCCAUCAGCAUCGGCAAGUCCGUGUUGAGCGGGGCGCUCAACUACGCCCAGUCUGCCGUGGCCGAGGAGGUUGCUCUGCAGCUUGGAGUCCAACGUGACCACUCCUUCAUCUCGAACGAGCUCGAGAUGAUGCGGGGUUUCCUGAUGGCCGCACAUGAUGAGCGGGAUGACAACAUGGUGGUGAAGAUCUGGGUGAAGCAAGUCCGCGAUGUGUCCUAUGCUGUCGAGGACUGCCUCCUAGAUUUUGCUGUCCGUCUUGAGAAGCAAUCUUGGUGGUGUCUCUCUCGCAAGGUGCUAGCCCGGCGUUAUGUAGCGAUGCAGAUGAAGGAGCUCAGAGCUGAUGUGGAGGAGGUCAGCCAGAGGAACCAACGGUACCACCUCAUCAAGGACUCUAGCUCCAUCUCUACCUCUGCUGUUGGACAACCUGUCAACUCCAGUGCGACAUUUAUAGGCCGGGGGUCAUCCUCCUUUUCUAAAAAAAAACCUAAAAUGGAUCUCGUUGAGCUGAUCAAUUGCAAGGAUGAUGCACUUCGAGUGAUAGCUUUGUGGGGUACAAGUAGCAGUGAUCUGCGGGAGAUGUCCAUCAUCAGAAGUGCCUAUCAAGAUCCCAUGAUAGACAAGAGUUUUGAUUGUUGCGCUUGGAUCAUGUUGAUGUGUCCUUUCAAUCAGAUAGAUUUCAUUUCAAACAUUGUUAGGCAAAUCUAUGCAAAUCUAUGUUAUUCUCUUCAAGAGACAGGAGAAGAAGGAAAAACAACUAUUGGGGCCCAAGUUUUGAAGAUGAUGACCACAACGAAAGAAGAUGGUUUGGCUCAUGUGUUCAGGAGAUUCUUGAUUCAGAGGACGGAGGAAGAUAGCUUGGCUUAUGAGUUGAAAAGAUAUUUGAAUGACAUGAGUUACUUAACUGUACUCAAUGACACACACACCAUUGAAGAGUGGGAUUUCAUUAAAACAUGUUUCCCAAACAACAAGAAAGGAAGCCGAAUCAUAGUAUCGACUGAGCAAGUUGAAGUUGCAAGCUUAUGCAUAGGAGCAGAGGAAAAAGCUCUAGUGCAUAAGAAAUUAUUUUCUGACCAGUCUCUUUAUGCUUUCUACAAUGAGGUUUCCCAGGAGGCAAGGAAUUCAGUGGAAAAAGGGUCCAUCUCAUACAUAGUCCCUACUGGUGUUGACAGAUCUGCACACAGGAACAUCGUCACUCGCACAGAGACAAUGGCUACUCUAGAGGAAUCUCGUCUCAUUGGGAGAGGGAAUCAAAAAAGGGAUAUCAUCAAACUAAUUUCAAAUAAGGAUCUCCAACAGUUUCAUGUGUUCUCCUUGUGGGGAAUGGGUGGUAUUGGAAAAACAACACUAGUGAGAGAUAUCUAUCAGAGCCAAGAGAUCGGUAGCAUGUUUGAUAAGCGUGCUUGUGUCACAGUCAUGCAUCCUUUCAAUUCAGCAACACUCCUUACAAGCUUAACUAUGCAAUUUGGAGAUAGGAAUGAGACAGAUUUAAGGAGUUGUUUGGCAGGAAGGAGAUAUUUGCUUGUUCUUGAUGAUUUGUGGUCCAGAGUAGAGUGGGAUGCUAUAAAACAAGAUUUGCCAGAUACGGCAGGAAGCUGCAUCAUAGUCACUACAAGGGAAGAGAAUAUUGCUAAGUACUGCUCAAAGGAUGAAAGAAACAUAUAUAGGCUCAACCAUCUGGGUCCUGAUGACGCGUGUACCCUCCUCACCAAAAAGGUAUUUAAGGAGACCGUAAAUUUGGAUGAGCAAUAUCCAGAAUUGGCUGCACAAGCAAAACAGAUAUUGAAGAAGUGUAGAGGGCCUCCUCUUGCACUAGUCACCAUAGGCGGCUUCUUGGCAAACCAACCCAAAACUGCUUUUGAAUGGAGAAAAUUGAAUGAGCAUAUCAGUGCUGAGUUGGAGAUGAAUCCGGAACUUGAGAUCAUAAAAGCAGUCCUUAUGAAAAGCUAUGAUGGUUUACCCUAUCACCUCAAGGCCUGUUUCUUGUAUCUAGCCAUCUUUCCUGAAGACUACAUGAUUGCACGGAGACGCUUAGUGCGUCGCUGGAUUGCAGAGGGUUACUCCAGCGAAGUGCGUGGCAAGUCUGUGGAGGAAGUAUUGGACUCUUACUUCAUGGAACUCAUAAGCAGGAGCAUGAUCUUGCCAUCUCAACAGUCAAUUUAUAGUAGGAAAGGAAUUGACUCCUGCCAUGUCCAUGAUCUCAUUCGUGAAAUUGCCAUCUCGAAGGCUAUGGAGGAAAAUCUUGUUUUCACGUUGGAGGAAGGGUGCAGCUUAAAUAACCAAGGCACGGUGCGUCAUCUUGCUCUAAGCAGCAAUUGGAACGGAGAUCAGUGUGAGUUUGAGAAUAUAGUAGACUUGUCCCAUGUAAGAUCAUUGACAGUGUUUGGAAAUUGGAGGCCGUUUUACAUUUCUGAUAAGAUGAGGUUGCUACGAGCUCUCGAUUUGGAAGGCAAGUGGGAUCUAGUUGAUCAUCAUCUUGAGCACAUUGGGAGGCUUGUGCAUCUUAGAUAUCUUUCUCUCAGGGGACAUCACACACUAUUUCACCUACCAAAUUUGUUGGGGAACCUGCGACAGCUCCACACAUUAGAUAUUUCAGGUACAAGUAUAACAAAACUACCAAGGACCAUCAUCAAGCUUGCGAAGAUGCAACACAUUCUUGCUAGUAACACAGGAGGUGCACGGAUUCAUAUAGCUGCUGAUGAGCGGUCGCUGCUGAUGUUGCUUGGCUAUUCUGCGUAUUGUUGUGUGGGAUGGUGUGCACCUAUGAUUGUAGGAAAGGAAUCUAAUCUUGAAGAUCCUGCACAAUUUAACAGGCGUGAUAUAUGCACUGCGUUCUGUUGCAACAUAUUACCUUAUUAUAUGGCAGGACGAGCAGGUGGUGUUGAAGUGCCGAGAGGGAUUUGGAAACUGAAGGCCCUGCACACAUUGCGUACUGUGAACGUAUCACUGGGGAAGACUGUUCUACAAGAUAUAAAAAAGCUCACCCGGCUGCGCAAGUUAGGAUUGACAGGCAUCAGCAAGAGAAACGGUCAAGAGUUGUGUUCAGCAAUUACGCGUCUCAGCAGCCUGGAGUCAUUGUCACUGCAAUCAUAUGGAGAGCUAGGUUUCUCAAGCUGCUUGGAUGGUCUGUCCUCACCUCCAGAAAACCUGCAGAGCCUCAAGUUGGAAGGCAACCUUGUUAAACUGCCGGAGUGGAUAAAGGGCCUAAAAAAUCUUGUGAAGCUGAAGCUAGAGGGGUCGAGGGUAUUGGAGCAUGAUGCAGCCAUACAAGUCCUUGGGAACCUACUAAACCUGGCCACUCUACGUCUAUUGGGUGACUCGUUUGUUGGUGAAGAGGUCCAUUUCAGUUUGUGUCGGGAGGCAUUCCCGAGCCUGAAGGUGCUGGAGCUGAAUUGCAUAAGAAACCUCAAGUCUGUGGUAUUUGAAGGAGGAGUAGCCCCUAAGCUUGAGUUGCUGCAGUAUUCUAAAAAUAGAAGUCCCAGUGUUGGGUUGUUCUGUGGGUUAUCACAUCUGCCAAGUCUCAAGGAAUUUAUGCUGCAUAGGGGGGACUGGUAUGAUACCGAGUUGGUGGAGUACUUGCGAGGCCAGCUGGCAGAGAACCAAAACAGGCCCGUUCUGAAGACGUGGGAGGGCUAG